UCUCUGUGAGUGUUCACCAACCCAAGAAGCAGCCGGAGACCCUCGGAGCUGCUGUCCAGCCGGACAGAGCCUAGCCUCAGGGCGCUGCCAGGAUGAACUCAGUGGUUUCUUGGCAGCUGCUGCUUUUCCUCUGUGCCACCUCCUUCAGGGAGACAUUUGAAAAGGUGGCACCCAUGGAGAAUCCGAGAUCUACAGGCCAGCGGUUGGGACCCCAGGCCGUCCCGGCCCCGUGGGACCAGAGUCCGAAGUGUGCGGAGAUUCCGAAGCCCGCCGUAGCCCAGCCCAGCGCGCCUGGAGCUUCGCUGUGCCCUCCUCCUGAGAGUCCCGCGGGGCCCCAGCGGCCAGGCCUGUGCGCCCCCCGCAGCCGCCUGAUCCCCGCCCCGCGGGGCUCGGUGCUGGUUCAGCGGGAGAAAGACCUAUCCACCUACAACUGGAAUUCCUUCGGCCUGCGCUACGGGAAGCGGCAGGCUGCACCUCCUGGAAACGUCCGCGGAGGCGCUGCGCUUGGCUGA